UCACAAAUUCACCGUUUUUCUAUGUUUUCUACAGAAUCUUGAACUAAUCAAUGGGUCGAAAAAAGAUAGAAAUGAAGAUGGUGAAAGACGAUAAUUCUCGUCAGGUGACUUUCUCUAAGCGAAGAACUGGUCUAUUCAAGAAGGCUAAUGAACUCGCAAUUCUUUGCGCGGCGCAAAUUGCGAUCAUCGUUUUCUCUCCCGGAGGGAAGCCAUUUUCGUUCGGUAACACAAGCGUGGAGUCUGUGGCCGAGAGAUUUCUAAAUCAAGACAAAAAUAAAAAUUCUAAAGUAUCUACCUUUGGCAGAAAAGAGGUUAGAUUGGAGAAACUCAGUAACAAACUCAGUGAGCUGCAGAAACAACUUCUAUUUGAGAAAAAGAAAGAAGACUUACUAAAAAAAACGAUAAAAGCAAAUGGGAUAGCCGAUAUUAAAGCUUUUAAUGAUAUGAGUAUUGGCGAACUUUUGCAGAUGAAAAAAGCUUUAGAACUGCUUCAUAAAAUUGUGAGAACUCACAUCGUUGAAAUGGAGGCAUCUUCUUCGUUGAUUCUUCUGUCUAAGAAAUCUGUUUGUUAGGUUUCUUAAUUUGAAUAAUAUUAAAACUUCAUGUAAUGGGAAUAAACUAUCUCCUAUAUAUUAUAAUGU